UCACAGACCAAUGAGCGUUACAUAAACACUGUCCUUGAGUAAAUAAUGUAGGGAGAAGUUGGGUCGGUAACGGGCCCUGUUGUUCUCUGUUAUCGUGAAAUUUAGUUCUUUACUCGGCUCAAAAUGUCAGUGAAACAUGCUCUCGGUCGGGGGUUGGAGCUGGGGAGGUCGCUUCUCCAGCUGGGGCUCUUCAAACCAGCCGGCCGUGUGGCAGCGAAGCUCCGCGGUGAGCGGCUGCGUGUGACCCGCUCGACCCGCACCGUCCAGCCGCAGACCGUCCUGCCCGCUCGGUUCCGCUUCUUCCGCCGGUCUCUCAGCGGGCUGGCCGCCCAGCUCCAGUCCGCGGCUUUCAGGAGAGGGGUUGGAGGUGGUGCUCCCAGAAACAGAGCUGUUUUCCUGGCUUUUGGGGUGGGUUUGGGGCUGAUUGAACAGCAGCUGGAGGAGGACAGGACAAGCGCUGCUCUGUGUCAGGAGAUACAGGCCGUAUUCAGAAAGAAGAAGUUCCAGACCCCUCUGAAGUCUUUUUCAUUGGGGGACAAGUUGGAGGACUAUGUGAUUGGGAAACAGAUCGGGAAAGGUUGCAAUGCAGCGGUGUAUGAGGCAGCGGCUCCAUUCGCGGCCCCUGCGGAGAGCGGGAAGUGUUCACUGCUGGAACUCAACCAGAAAGAAACGGAUGAUGACAAUAAGAAAGCAGGACCACUUCGAUUCUCAGCUACACCCAGCUUUCCUUUAGCUAUGAAAAUGAUGUGGAACAUUGGGGCUGGUUCGUCAAGUGACGCCAUCCUUCGCUCUAUGUCUAUGGAGUUGGUUCCUGCAUGUCCACAGGCCUUAACGGAAGAGCAAGGAGAGUUCGCUUUGGAUGGCCACUUUGGAAGGGUGCCUAAAAGACUGACCGCUCAUCCCAACGUGAUCACAGUGUACCGGGCCUUCACUGCUGAGGUCCCGCUGCUGCCUGGAGCUCAGGAGGAGUACCCCGAUGCCCUGCCUGCCCGACUCAAUCCACUGGGUUUGGGCAGCAAUCGCACACUGUUCCUAGUCAUGAAGAAGUGAGGAAUCAUGAAAGC